AUGCCAGUUGCCAUCGAACGAGACCCGCAGAUGACCACAUUUCACUGCCCAAUAGAAGACUGCAAGUUCACUAUGGGCUUCGAAAGCAAGUUGCAUGUAUGGCAGCGUUUUACGCCCACAUUCGCACCACCCACCCCCUCAGUUACGACCCAUCUGAUGCUGCACCUCCGGCACCAACUCGUCAUGCAUCACUACCCUGCAAUUAUAAGUAUGAUUGGCAGCAUUCACGAAAACGCAGAUGGUGUGACACUCUCACCCGAUCAUCCGAUUACGAUAUUCAUCCAGAAUGAUCUCCUUUCAUCCCAUCUUACGCAUUUUGCGGGGAAGUUCAUAAAAUAUGGGUAUACGACCGUGGAUGACAUGCUCACCCUUUGUGCCCUCAGAGAGCCAGUGUGGAUGCACUUUAUCAAGUGGUGUGCAACCAAUGCAAAUGACAUCAAUCUCAAUAUUCUCGAAUGCAAUGACAUGUUCGUCGCUCUUCGGCGCAAGAGCUACAGUUGUGAACGGGAUGAGGCUCGAAUGCAGCUUUUGAUUGCUGCAACAGCAGAGGGUCCCAACACGGUGACAACCUUCUUUAGUAACCUGAGGAUGUCACUGCAUCUGGAUAGGCUGCAGCCGGAUGGGCUGCAGCUGGGACCUGGAGAGAUGGAGCACUUUCAGAAACAGUUUCAUGCAUUGCCAUGA